AUGCAGAUCUUCGUCAAGACCCUCACCGGUAAGACUAUCACCCUUGAGGUGGAGUCGUCCGACACCAUCGACAAUGUCAAGUCCAAGAUCCAAGACAAGGAGGGCAUUCCCCCAGACCAGCAGCGCCUGAUCUUCGCCGGCAAGCAGCUCGAGGAUGGGCGCACUCUGUCCGACUACAACAUCCAGAAGGAAUCGACUCUUCAUCUUGUCCUCCGUCUCCGUGGUGGUAUGCAGAUCUUCGUCAAGACGCUGACCGGCAAGACCAUCACACUUGAAGUCGAGUCUUCCGAUACCAUCGACAACGUUAAAUCGAAGAUCCAGGAUAAGGAGGGCAUCCCACCUGAUCAGCAGCGUUUGAUCUUCGCCGGCAAGCAGCUCGAGGAUGGGCGCACUCUGUCCGAUUACAACAUUCAGAAGGAGUCUACACUGCAUCUCGUCCUGCGCCUGCGCGGUGGUAUGCAGAUUUUCGUCAAGACACUUACUGGCAAGACCAUCACGCUCGAGGUUGAGUCUUCGGAUACUAUCGACAACGUGAAGAGCAAGAUUCAGGACAAGGAGGGUAUCCCUCCGGAUCAGCAGCGCCUCAUUUUCGCGGGCAAGCAACUGGAAGACGGUCGUACGCUCUCAGACUACAACAUCCAGAAGGAAUCCACACUCCACUUGGUCCUCCGUCUUCGUGGUGGUAUGCAAAUCUUUGUCAAGACCCUCACUGGCAAGACCAUCACCCUCGAGGUUGAAUCAAGCGACACAAUCGACAACGUCAAGUCGAAGAUUCAGGAUAAGGAAGGCAUUCCACCUGACCAGCAGCGUCUUAUCUUUGCUGGUAAGCAGUUGGAAGAUGGCCGAACACUCUCGGACUACAACAUUCAGAAGGAGUCUACCUUGCACUUGGUGCUUCGUCUGCGUGGUGGGCAAUAA